AUGGCGAAAGAAGCGAGUGGUAAAAUACGGCAUGUUAUCGCCGAUUCAGCUGCUUUUCUCAAAAAUGCACCUGUUAACGAUUUGUGUGAGAAUGUGUACACAGUUGAAGAGGUUGUAAGUGAGAUCAGAGAUGCGGCAACUCGCCAGCGUUUAGCGGUGUUACCGUACACUAUUCAGUUCAGACAGCCCUCCACCGAAGCUCUUCGAGCAGGUACUGUUAAAACGCUCAGUUGCUGCUUUAUUACUCUCUCAUCUAAAGCACUCACCACCCAUAAUUUCGACGGUAGAAAAAGUGUUGAACAAAGUAGUUUCUGUUGACUUUAUGAUCGACUGUUUGUCAUAUUCGUAAUAAGUUUAGCUCACGUCUUGGCUUACUGACACAACGUUUCUAUGUGAUAAUUUAAUUACUUUCGCGAUCUCUUAACUGCCGUCCUACAUGUCUAAGGAAACUAUCAGGUGAUCGCAGAUUUUCGGAGCAGUCCCUUUCUAUAUCUCAAAAUUCUUUGGAUAAAGAUAAUGUUGUAACCAGCAGUGGAAAUUGUCAAUUUUUUCAAGAUCUUCAGAGGGCAUUCUACCCAAACAUAAACUUACGUUAAACAUGCAUGGCUGCAGACGGUAACCCUGCAGAUCACCUGAAACAUUUGGGUUGUUCACAUUAGAUGUUGAGAAAGCUAAGCAAAAUUAACCAGGAAGGUGGAAAUUUUCAUGCUUUCCAUUUGAAAACUCAUUAAAGAAUUUACAUGCAUGCUUGCUGUAUGCACGCUUGGGGCAUAAGGUAAUUCUGGCCAGCUGAGGUAUUGACACCAAAAAUAUGGGUAUAUGAGAUAACCGUUCUGUUUGCAGUUGUUUAAAAGGUGGAUAACGCCAGGUGUAGUUAAUCAAUAGAAAUUGAUAUUCGGAAAUCAAUCAAUAUAAUCUGCCAGUUUUUUUCAAUUGAUAUCGGAAAUUGAUAGAAAUCAAAGUCACAGAAAAAAUAUUCAUCAAUUAUUGUUGAUUGAAGAAAAUGGAUAACCACUGAUAGUAAUCGAUAGUAAUAGAUAAGCAAUUAUAUUGAGGAGUGUAUGGGUCAGAUAUUCUGAUCUGAAUGGCUUUAAGUAAACACGUCUUCUUUUUGACUUCAGCAACUACUCCAGGCAUGGUGUUAGCUAUUACAGAUUAUUAUUGUGCUACUGGAUUAUUUUUUACCUUUUUUUCACUUUAUGAUUUAUUCUUAUGUUCCUUGUGACUCUUUGAAAAUCACAUGGACACUUAUUUUGUACUUUUAGCAAUGUUUUUAUCAGUUGAAAGAACUGCAUACUAUCAUGACUGAACUAUGCCUGGAUAAUGGUAUCCACUGGAAAAACUAUGAGAUAAGGCAUUUGGUUUUCCUUAUACUAAUCUGCUGGUAAGGGCUCAAGGGCCUGAGAAUUGUUUUGCCUUUAUAUCUUUCUGGUGGUGAAAGACAAUGAAUCUGAUAUCAUCAAUACAGUGUAGGUAAAGCAAAGUUUUAGAAAAGACAUGCAAGCAAAGCCUACAAUCAACAAGAUGCUUCCUUUGUUUAUUGUCUUGUUUGUUUUGCUUAUUGACUUUCCCAUUUUGUUUUGUUGGAAGUUGAAGCAGACAAUAUUUUAGUCCUCCUAAUCUUUAGUAAUGAUGAUUACUUUAUCCUGUGUAUUUUACAGUAACAGCAUUUGCCAAGCUAACUGGGGAUUUAAGAAGCCUUUCAGCAGUUGACUUGAAAGUUUUAGCUCUUACUUACCAGCUUGAAAAGGAGCAUCGUGGAAUAGAGCACAUAAAAUUAUCACCAUCUAAACAGGUACACUGUACCACAAGCUUAAUAAUAUAGCUGCACCUUAAUACUUACCAGAACUUUCCAUGCCAUUUUAUACAGGGAUAUAGUAAGUUUCCCCAGGCCACAGGAUUGUAAAUUAUUUUACUACAAUAAUUAUUAGAAAGUUGUCUUUCAUGCUGACAGAGAAUGUGCAUUAAUUUUCAAGGUUGAGAUUUCUCAUGGUUUUGGAGGAAAGGCCAUACCUGGGUUCUAUGUUGAAAAGGUGAGUCUUGUUACAAGUGUAGUAUUGGUCAGAGCCAAAAAAAUCCUUGAAGUUGGUAGUGGAAAAAGGUUAUUUAAGUAAUUCUUGACAAAAAAGAGAGAUGAAGGGUUACAUUUACAGCAAACGGCAAAGAUGAGAUUCAAGUUGAGAAUUUUUCACAACAGAAAAUAUGCAGAUGAAAACUGUCCAGGACAAUUCUUAAAGAUAAAACUUGCGUGAAACUACUUCUUUUUGAAUAGAAGUUUUAAAGAGUAAUUUUAAAGGACAAUUAAGAGGAAACUUGGUCACUCACGUUUGCAGUUUGGCGUAAAUGUGAAUCUUGUCAACAAGUCAUAUUAAUGUCUGAGCCUAUGAUAAUGAUGACAUGAAGCCAUUAAAAGAUCAAGUUGCUUUUAUAUUGUUGACUUCUGCUAUUCCUGGAAUUUUACAUUAUCUAUGUAAUUUUUGUUUGCAGAAAACAAGUGAAGACGGGAAAGAUAACGAACAAAAUUCAGAAAAUUCAAAAACAACCAUUAUAGAAAGUUGUGAAACAGAACUUACAGCAAUCCAAGUAAAAUCAAAUACUGUUGUUGAAGAUGAUUUGCCAGCUGAGAGGGACACAUUUGAACUUUCUAGCAGUGAUAAAACAGCAAGUGAUAAGAACAAUGAGUCAACAGAAAUAACAGAGAUUACAACAAGUGUUCAAGCCAUGAUGACACAUAAUUCAUUAACAGAUGACUCCAAGGAUAAUGAUGAAGUGACUGAUUUGAAUAGCAACAGUUUUGAUGAUAAUAAUGACAAGGGUAGUAAUGAUGAUGAUGAUGAUGAUGACGAGGAUGAUUAUGAUGAUGAUGAUGGUUGGAUUACACCUGAUAAUAUAGGCCACAUUAGAGAUAAGAUGGGGAAAGGUGCUUUUGGUGAGGUCCCUGCUAAUGUGACUGUGGGCUGUCUUACAACUGACUUUGCAAUGCAGGUACUUUACCUUAGUUAACAAGUAAAUAACUAGCAGAACACGUCAUUUCAUAAUGAUACCUUCACAGGAAAGUAUACCAAUAUAUUAAAGUGCCCAUCACCUAAGAAAAUAAGAAAAUAUAAGAAAAUAUAAGAAAAUAAGAAAAUAUAAAAUUUUAGGUUAUGGGCACUUUAAGUUCUUUUUCAGUUUGACCUCAUUGGGAAGUUGACUUUGUGUGUCCCUUAUUAUUCCUGCUACAAUAAUAUCUGCUUAUUUUGUUUUCUUAUAAAAGUCUCUAACAAAUAAAAAUAUGUGUAGGCUUUUCAUGUAAGAGAUAUUGUGCGAAGAAAUGCUUGAGAAGCAUGCAAAAGGGACACAAAAGCAAAGUGUAAGGAAAGGAGUGCUUGCAGCCCUCUUUGAUAAAUUUUCACUUUGACCCUAGAAACCACAAAGUGAAUAAACCUGUUUAAACAUUCACAUUCACCAGUUAUGCUAUUAUCUUCCACACCAUAGAUAAAAGUCAGCCCCAUUAUCCUACAAUUCUCUAAGGGCUUAGGCACUUGAUUGUACAGACAAUUAGGAAAAGCAUUUAAUGUGAAUAAAUAGACUGCACCAUUUAAGCACAAUCUUGCAGCGAUGGUGGUAACAUCUGAAAUGAAGUAUGGUCAGCUGGAAGGUUACAUGUACAGUAUCUUGGGAAUAGUGGAGGAAAAAGAUGCCUAAAAACACCAUUGAGACAUUAUGUGUAUUUCUUGUCUUCUUUGCUGUAAACACCAACAGUGAAUUAUCUUAAGUUACCUAAAUAGUCGCAAAUUUUGGACGGACUCCAUGGAUUGGAGUAAACCAAAGUUACCUUUUAGUUUUACCAAUGUUUUCUUCAUGUUUAUAACCAUUUAUGUUCAUAUGAGAAGCUCAGUGUCUUAGACCCUGUUUACAUGGAGUGGGGGACCCUGGUCUAGUGGGGUUGGUUUCUUUUGUUUUCAUGCUCUGGAGAACACAAAACAAAAGAAACCUACCCCACUAAACCGGGGUCCCCCACUCCAUGUAAACAGGGUCUUAAAUGUUGUUUAACAAUUCGAAAAAAGUGGUCACUUCAACUUUCUUUUGACUUUGUUUUUCUAAUCUCUUCUAGCAUCACCGUACAUUUGCAAUACAUUGAUUCUAGAAAAAUGAUAAAUUUCUUUCUCAAUAUUUUAUUAGAAUGUGCUGAUACAAAUGGGACUCCAUGUAAUUUCACUGGAUGGCCUGCUGAUAAAGGAAGCCAGAAGCUAUGUGUUAAAAUGCCAUGCUUGUUUCAGGUAAGGCAUAUAAUGUACAUAUUGAUUAACCGGUUUUGUUUAGUUGUUGAUGUUGGCCAGUAUUAUUUGAUUGGGUUGUGUGUCCUGGAAACAAUACCAAUUUUAUAAAAUGGUGCAUAGGGGUGCACAUUGAAACUAACUGAUAUUGUGGGAUUUGUAAACAGCUUUUAGCCUAACCCAAUGUCAACUUUAAGAUUUAACGAUAAUAAUGGAGUAAAAUAUUUUAUUGUGUGAUUUAAAUUUUGCGACCAAUUUGGAUGACAUGUUCCUUGAAGUCAUUUUGUGGGACAUGGUUAAGCAUUAAUUCCUGUUACGUACCCUUACAUCAUUACCUGUUGUAUGUAUCUGUUGAAGAAGGCGUGGAGUCUUUUUUCAAGGUCUCGCCCCUUUGUGUUAGAUGCUCCAUUACUGAUGGUUAAAAAACAAAAAUUGAAAAAGGCAUUUUUUGGGAUGCAAAAAUUUUGGGUCGUUAUAUUUCAAAAAUGCUCUCAUAGGUCUUUUUUUUUCAAAUCUUGCCAACUAUUAGCGCACUAAAGGAGUUUAACAGAUUAUUACUUGAUUUGAGAAAAUUCUCAAUUUGCAGAUUUCAUGUCAUCAUUAUUCUGUUGCAAUGGAAGUGGCGAUGUCAACAAAACAAACCCUAAAAUAAAAUAUGUUGUUUCACUUUGUUGCUUUUCCAUACAUGCACUACAGCCAAAGUUAUGCAGCAUCAAACAUGAAGGGGUGAAAACCUUGAAAAAUGGGUGGGAGCCUCCUUAACUGAUGCAAGCAUAAGGACAUGAAGUAAAUUAUGUGAAUGGGCUUGUUAUUGGGUGUUUUUUACUUUGUCAGUAUUCUCCUUAAUGAUGAUUUUUUUUACUGCUGUUUCCCUUUCAGGGUAACGAGUCAGUUAGGAAAGAGGUUUUGCCCAACAUGUGGUAACAGUACUCUUCUGAAGGUAUCAGUUAGUGUAGAUGAAAAUGGUGUGACUCAUUACUCAGUACCAAACUCAAAGAAACCAUUUAACAUCAGAGGCAAGAAGGUACAAUCCAAGUAAAUAAUUGAAUAAAAAUGCUUAUUAGGCCUUAUAAAGGGUGUGUCUCAUUUCUCUGUCUGACCUGUACAACUAAAUGCAGCGUAGUAAUGAGACUUUGUUUUGUUCUGUUCGUCAUGUUGCAUUAUCUUACAUCUGUCUGGUAGUUACGUUCUACAUAUUUAAACUCAAGUCAUACUUUUUACUCUCUAAAGCAAUAAUUAUCACUGUUAUUUGAAACAGUGUAAGCUUUUAACUUAGUCCUUGACAUUCCAGGCAAAGUAAGCCUGCGAAUGGCAGACGCAUCGCCGCUGAGGGACGUUUCACGAGGAACGCAAAACGUCCCUUAGCGGCGAUGAGCAAGGAGAAACGUCUGCCGUUCGCAGGCUAAUGCAAAGUGAAUGGUGUUGCUGACUUAUUUUUAUGUCAAAGCAGAUAGUUUUGUAACAUAUCAGUGCCUCUCUCCUUGGCUUUCCAUAUGAACCAUUUGCGUUCAUCCUAGCCUAAAUGUGUGUGGCUCUUUUAAAACUACUUCACUACACCAGUUAAUAGCAGCUCAGUCGGUAGAGCACUUUACUAUAGAGCAGUCGGCUACAAAUGUACCUUCACGUGCCUCGAAUGACCAGGUAGAAUGGCAAAGACUUAAAAAUUAGUUUACUUAAUAAUUAGAACAUUUGGGCUGAAUGCAUUGACUUUUUAAUAAAGUGCUUUUUGUAGCCUCCAAAACAGGCAUUUUGGUGCUUAGUGUUCUUAGUGCAACCUACUGUUAUUGUGUCUCUGGAAUCGCCUUUGUCUAAUCGCUGCGAGGAUCAUCAGUUGCCCGUAUUUUCCGUCUCUGUAGUGUAUCAAAAUUGUAGGGUUUCUUCUUUAACCGAUUUUCUCUGAGCAUUCAGUAUGAUGUCACGGCUUUCCGGGAGAAACUUGCCGAAAAGUAAAUGCUGAUAUAAGUGUUUUUUUCAAAGUUAUUUUAUCCUUAUUUAUUUUUCUUCUUUUUUGUCCUUUGUUCUCUGUCUAGUUUCCUCUUCCUUUGCCUAAAGGCGGUCGCCAUAGUGAUGUCCCUAUCCUCACUGAAGAUCAACCGCGCGGUCAGCACCGUCUACCUCGAAAAAGAGAUGAUAUGAAUGUAUUUGAUGCUGAUUAUGUCGCACGAGCUUCACCGUUUGCUGCUAAAGACGUGACAAGCCGCGCCUCUCAGCUGGGAUAUCACUUGAAGAGUGCACAUAAGAGCAAGAAUCCAAAUGAAGUCAGAAAAAAGAAUUCAAGGAGGAAGAAUAAAUAA